AAACAAAUGUUUAAACUUUAAAGUCUUCAAAAACCCACCACAGCACUUACUUCUCCAUUUCAGUACUUUAAUCCUUUCCAUCUGCAAACCCUAUUCCUCCCCUCUAAUGGCGCCCAUUGAUCCUCACUCCUUCACUGACUCCUCCCAUCCUCUCACCACCCACAUCGCUCUCACCCUCUUCUUCGAUUUCCCCUCUUCCACCAUCCACGGCGCCGCUGUCCUCUCCCUCUCCUGCCCCCACACCGGCCCUCUUUCUCUUGACACCCGCGCUCUCUCCAUUCAUCAAAUUCUUGACCCUGACACCCACUCUCCUCUACCCUUUUCUCUCUCACCUACUCCCGACCCAAUCAAGGGCACCCUCCUUUCCGUCUCCCUCUCCAACCACUCCUCCUUCCUUAUCAUCUUUUCCACCUCCCACGCCUCCUCCGCUCUUCAGUGGCUCUCUCCGCCGCAAACCUUCAACAAGACUCACCCUUUUGUCUACACCCAAUGCCAGUCCAUCCACGCGCGUUCGAUCUUCCCUUGCCAGGACACUCCUGCCGCGCGUGUCCGCUACUCUGCUUUGCUCAAUAUACCUCGGGAGUUGUCCGCUGUCAUGGCUGCCAAGCACGUGGAUCGUCGUCCGCCUAUUGCUGGAGAGGGGAAUACGAGCUUCCUCAGCCAGGGAUUUGGUUCAUUGUGGGCAGCGGAAGGAAGGGUGGUGGAGGCGUUUGUUAUGGACCAGCCUGUGCCACCUUACUUGUUUGCGUUUGCAGUGGGGGAGCUGGGGUUCAGAGAGGUGGGGCCAAGGACAAGGGUGUACUCUGAGGCGGUAGAUUCUGUACUGGAUGCGGCGGCACGGGAGUUUGAGGGGACCGAAGAGAUGAUUAGGCAGGGGGAGAGGCUCUUUGGGGAUUAUGAGUGGGAGAGGUUUGAUUUGCUUGUCUUGCCGCCUAGUUUUCCUUAUGGAGGAAUGGAAAAUCCGAGGAUGGUGUUCCUGACCCCCACCGUAAUCAAGGGGGAUGCUAGCGGAGCUCAGGUGGUGGCACAUGAGCUCGCACACAGCUGGACUGGAAAUUUGAUUACCAACAAGAAUAAUGAACAUUUCUGGUUGAAUGAGGGUUUUACAACAUAUGCUGAGAGGAGAAUUGUUGAGGUUGUGCAAGGAGAGGACAGGGCUACAUUGAAUGCUGGCAUUGGUUGGAAGGGCUUAAAUGAGGACAUAGAGAGGUUUAAGGACAACCUGGAGUUCACGAAGCUCAAAACCAAGCAGGAAGGAGUGGAUCCAGAUGCUAUAUACUCCCAAGUUCCUUACGAGAAAGGUUUCCAGUUCCUUUUGCGUAUUGAACGCCAGAUUGGAAGAGCAGCAUUUGAUGAAUUCAUCAAGAAAUAUAUUGCCACCUUCAAAUUCAAGUCAAUUGACACUGAAACAUUUAUAGAUUUCCUAAAAGCAAAUGUCCCUGGAAUAGAGAACGAGAUUGAUCUGGAAUUGUGGACUGAGGGAAUUGGCAUCCCUCCAGAUGCCUAUGAACCAGUGUCUAAUUUAUACACCAAGAUUGUGUCACUGGCAAAUGAGUUUAAACUUGGGAGAAUGCCAAGAGAGGAUGAAGUUGCUGAUUGGCAAGGGCAAGAAUGGGAGCUUUACUUGGAGAACCUGCCCAAAUCUGUUGAGGCUUCUCAGAUCCAAGCCUUGGAUGAACGUUACAGGCUAUCAGAAUCGAAGGAUUAUGAGGUAAAAGUGGCAUUUCUCCAACUAGCCAUUUCAUCCAAAUGCAGAGAUUACCAUGGUGAGGUGGAGAAAACUUUAAAGGAAGUUGGGAGGAUGAAGUACCUUCGUCCACUCUACACUGCUCUAGUUCAAGGCACUGGGAAGGAGGAAGAAAAGAUUCUUGCUAAAAGGGUGUUUGCAGAGACUGGGGACUGUUACCACCCCAUAGCUCAAGGUGUUGUUGAGUCAAUCUUUGCAAAACACCUAUAGAUGGUACUUAAAAUGGUACUUGUUGGACCUCUGAUCUUAAAACUAUAUAUUCUGGGGCAAUACUGCUGUCCUGACUAACGCCACAUCUAUUCACUGUGUUGAUAGAUGCAUCCUGCUUGGCCUAUAUAAUGUUUCUGAUAAUGUUUAUGGAAAUAAUCUAUUGGCUUAUUU